AUGGGUAAGACCUGCAAUUCUAUAUAUGUCUCUUCUGCACAAAUAACAAAUUCAACAGAAUGUACUGCUCUAAAUGGAACAGGAUCAACCAUUAUUCAAUCAAAUUUUUUUGAAAACUUUACAAAAUUAUAUUCAUUGGCACUCGACUCUGUCGAACCACCAAGUACAUUCCUAAUUGACUUAAAUAAAUAUAAUCCAAAUGUCAAAUAUCUACAAUGUAAUCGUUGUAAUAUUACCAAAAUAGAUAAUGUAGCACUAUAUUAUAUUAGAUUGAUAUUACGUAAUAAUCCAAUUAGUGGUACUAUAACUUCAAGAGCUCUUGGAUACAUACAAUAUUUUGAUUACACAGCAACUGACAGUAUAUAUAGAAAAGAUGUUCAUUUUUCUGGUAAAACACCAUUUCCUGAUACUAAUUGGAAAUAUCCAGAGAGUGUUUUUGGUCAUUUAUCAUCUUUACCAGACUUGACUGGUUUUUCAUCUAGUUCAUUUAAACAAGUAGUUUUCGAAUUUGGACCGAAUUUCAUUUCCCCGCCUGACUUUAGCAAUAUGUCAACUUGGCGCGAUAUAAACGAUUUAACACUUAUCGAUAAUAAUGUAAACAAAGUAACCAUUACAAACUUUCCAUUUGAAGCAUUAAAUAUAAAAUUUUUAACAUUAAAAGGUAUCGAUUUUGAAACACCAUCAAAAUUUUUGAAUAUGAGUCUGAUACCUCAAAUAACAAUAGAUAAAUGUAAUUUAAAUAUAAAUGGUGAAAUACCAUUCUCUUUACUUCACCCUGAACUGGCAUCAUUUACAUUUACCUCUAGUAAUAUUACAAAAAUGAUAGAUUUAACACUAUUUUCAGAUAAUUUACUAUCUGUUAUUGGAUUGAAUGGAAAUCAAAUAGCUGGUGAAUUACCUCCAAAUCCAAGAUUUUUCGCUCUUGAGGUGUUUGGAAACAAACUUACUGGAUCUAUUCCAUCGGAAUAUUGUUACACCUAUAGUAAACUUGGUAAUAAUUUGUUGAGUGGUGAUCUUCCAAGUUGUUAUGUUUGUCAUUUGCGAGAUCCUAUUGCUCGUUCCUACAUCGCUGGAAACAACUUUAACAACUACCAAGAUAGCUGGACAACCUCUCAAUAUCCACCAUGUACCACCGCAAAAGUAACUAGCUUGUCGAAACUCUCAAAACUAAGUUCACUCACUAUCACCGGUGUCGACUUGGGUUGGACCAGUACCUUGCUCUAUUUCCCAUCAACAUCCAACCCGUUGGAACAACCUUUUGUAUCAUAUCCACGCGCCAACUCAAUCAUCAACGUAGCUGCCAACGGUCCCUACUACAAUCUUCUGCUUUCGAAAGGAUAUCUUAAUUUCACACUGUUGGAUAUCAAUCAAAAUUUUAUUUUGCCACUGGAAGAGUCUGGUCCGAUUGUGUACAACAUCUCAGUCUAUCCCUAUGGUAACGUGGGAUACAGUUUCUUUAUCAUUGGUAAAUCAUUUGGUUCAUCGACUGUCAACAUCUCCAUUACCUUUGGUCAGCUUCCAUGCUAUGCAACAACGGUCAGUGGCGAUGCCGUCGAGUGUCUUCUCUACGGUGAUAGCAUUCCAGAAAAUCAAUACACUGUCACCGUUUCAACGAAAUUAACGAAUGGAUCGAUUGCCUCAACAACGACAAGCUAUUGGUUCAAACGAACAUUUCCUUUCAUAACAGCGAUAAAAUCAUGUCCGUUGGCAGGUGGACUUGUCACUCUCUACGGUAGCUUUGGUCCGAUUCACAACGAUUCUUCAGUCACAAUCGGCAAGCUAGAUUGUGCAAUUCAGAAUAUCAGCGACUCGUUGAUCGUUUGCAAUUUGGAUACACCGGGAACACCAGGCCCGAAAAAUGUUUCACUCAUUGUCAACCUGGUUUCUUGGAAAGCGAUGGACUAUUUCAUGUAUGAAGGUGAAUUUACUUGCGAUAGCAAUUGCAACGGUCAUGGAUUCUGUCAGAACGGAUUCUGUCUGUGCUAUAAAGGCUAUGUUGGUGCAGCUUGUGCAGACAUCCAACAAAGUGGUACCGGCAUCACAAUGAAUACAACUGGCGACGGUACAACCAUAACCACCAACGACUCUGACACCUCCGAUGUCAAGUUCAACUUUGUACUUCGUUCCAUCGUUGAAUUCUCUGGCGUGCGAGAAACAAUAAGAACUCUGGCACUCAAGAAUUGGACAUUCACCGGGGUAACAAACUACCAGAACUUCUCACAGUUUGGAUAUUACACGCUAUUCGAAACAGCGAAUAUCAGUUACACCAUUCAACAAUUCAAUGUUGCGACACAGCUGCAAUUCGCAGGCUCCACUCUCCAAAUGGAGAAAGACACAAUUAAACUCUCGGUGAAAGUAGAGAAUUGGCGGUAUCUCGGCAAGUUGAAUACGAUCCAAGUGGUUCUCGAAUCGAAUAUGGUGUUGCCAAGCGACUACGAUCCCUCGGAUCCAUGCAGUAAGACGCUGAUCAACACAUUCGGUGAAACCACUCUCAACUACCUGUCGUUCGAACAUAACGGUGUGGUUAUGUACGGUCGGUUCAUGGAUAAGGUGCUCUCCGAUGGUCGUCCCACCUUCAGUGUCGCACAGGUGUUGAAUCAAGGUCCCACUUCGAUCAUCGUUGGAAUCAACUUCCCCUAUUGCAAUGAAUGUAUUCUCGACCCUGAUUUCUCACUGCUCGUGAAACCGGACCGCUCCAACAGCGACGAUGCCUGUUCGAACCAAUCGACCAGCCAAAAACAAUUCAAAUGGCUACUACCUACCGUCAUCGUUGUUUCAAUCGUCGGAGCAGCAGCAAUCAUCACAAUCUUGGUAUUCACAAUUAAAUCAAGAUUCUUUAUUAAAUUUACAAAAGAAGCUGGUUUAGUUUGUUUUAAAAAGAGAAAAUCAAUGAAAUAA